UUUUUUGCAGGAAACUAAUUAGCAGGAAUAAAGAUCCAAAGAGUUUUUUCUUUUCAAUCAUCAGAUCUCACUUUCACCUCUUCCUAGCUCCCUCUAACACAAGACUCACCGCCUGCUUUGCAUCCAAAUUAUUUUUAUAUUGCCUUUAACAACUAAUACUCCGUUUUUACACUCCGCAACAACAAUGAUCUUUCUUUUGCCACCCUAAGCGCAAACUGACCAAAAGGGGACUGCAUUGAUGGGAUCUUUAGCCAAACCAUCACUAUACUGGAUUAAAACGCAAGGAUCACAAAGCGGCAGCAAGAAAUUGCCUGGAUGCGAUGAACGCCUCAUGUAGGCAUCAGCAUGGACAGCUGUGAGUCUCCCGUAGUUUCUGGGACAGACAAUGGGCUUGGCUCCUCCCAGCAGCAGAAACCACCACAGCCCUGGAACGAUCACUCUAGCUCACAGGUCCCUUGUACCAACCAGGCCCCUUCCCUGGACCCUCUGUCCAUCCCCAGUCCAUAUCCUUCUCUUGGCCAAAACUCCAGUGCACCUCAUGACGGGGUGAGAGAGCAGCCAAAACAGACAUCACCACUCACCCAGCUGGACAGCUCUGCCACAGGCCAGCUGGGCUCUAGAAGAGAGGGCCUCGAGGAGGAGGAGGAGCAGGAAGGAGUGAGCUGUGGAGAGGAGGAAGACUUAGAGGACUUGGAUGAAAUGGAGAUUGAUAGCUGUUUUCCAAGUCUUCAGCCUUUUCCUGGGGUUACCAUGGCUCCAAGGGGAGGAGGGGGCAUACCCUCUCUGCUGCGUCACCAGGCCAGAAGACAUCAGGGAACCCCUGAGAGUGGAAGUGAAGGGGAGGAGGAAGAGGAAGAGGAGAGUAGUGAUGUGGAGAACUUGGCCGGAGAGAUAGUCUACCAGCCAGAUGGCUCAGCCUACAUAGUAGAGAGCCUGAGUCAGUUGAUCCAAAGUGGUGGGGGUAUGGUACCGGGCCUACUCCCCACAAACUCUCUCAGCAGUGGGGGGAAAGCAGGGGAACCUGCAGGGACAGUCUACCCUCAGAUCAUCAAUACGUUUCACAUAGCCUCAUCAUUUGGGAAGUGGUUUGGUAACUCAGACCAAGGAUUCCCCAAUACCUCAACUAUGGCAGGCCUCAGCCCUGUUCUGCACAGUUUUCGUGUUUUUGAUGUGCGGCACAAAAGCAACAAGGAUUACCUAAACAGUGAUGGGUCUGCCAAGAAGUCAUGUGUAUCCAAAGAUGUUCCCAACAACGUGGAUUUCUCCAAAUUUGAUGGGUUGGCCCUCUAUGGCAAGGGCAAACCCAUUCUCAUGUGUUUUCUCUGCAAGCUGUCCUUUGGCUAUGCACGCUCCUUUGCCACACAUGCUGUUCAUGAUCAUCGCAUGACACUGUGUGAAGAGGAGCGGCGGCUGCUGGGGGACAAGCAUGCAUCUGCCAUUAUCCAGGGCAUAGGGAAGGAUAAGGAACCCCUCAUUAGUUUCCUGGAACCAAAAAAUAAAAGUACUCCUCUGCCACCUAGCCUGCUCCCCAUUAACUCUGGUCAGAGCUUCUAUGGGACCUUUAGUGGUGUCCAUUUGGAGCCUGGCAGCAGCAGUGCAGGUAGCGAGGGUGUCCUGAACAAAGACUCUGAAUCUGGCCUUGAGCAACAGCAGCAACCACAAACAGCACUCAACUCCGUCCUCUCACUCGGCGGAUUCAGUGUUCCCAAAACAUCCACUCUUACCUUAUCCCCAGGCUCUGCCAAAGACUCCAGUUCCCUACAGGUAGGGAGAACAGAAGAGUCUGGGGGGAAAGAGUUGGCAUGCAAAGGUGAGGAUGGGGAAAAGGAACAACACGAAAGUAGGGCCCACCUCCUGAGUCGGACUGGAGGCUCAGAAGAGGUUGAGGAUCUGUUAUUUAGAGAAGAGGAAGAGGAGGUAGGCUGUGGUGGUAACAGUAGCAGCGGUGAAGCAGGGGAACCAGCUGUCUCAAACCAAAGCAUUUCCAAAUCUCCUUUAUUAAUGCCUAGUAGCGCUCUCCAGCCUUCUGCCUGCACCUCUGCAGUCAGUUCCACACUCAGCAGCAAAGCCCUUGCUUCCACUUCCUCUUCUGUCAAGGACGAGGGCUCAGCUGCAGAUGGUGAAGGGAGGACCUCGGAGCUCCCUCUGAGCUUUAACUGCCAAGGGUCCUCUGGCUCUAUGGCAAUGGUGACAAAUGCCGUCAGACGAAGUGAGGACGACACUGCUGGCACUCCCUCCUCACCUCUGUCCUCCAAUGCUGCUGCUGAUGAAAGUGCCAAUCAAGAUAGUGCCACAGCUCCAGAACCAAAUGAUUGCCCGGCAGAGGGAGAGGAGGAGAAUGGCUCUCUUCUGCUUCAUCACCACAUGCACCACCAUCACCACCACCUCCAUGCCUCGUCUCACAGCCACACCCACCCUCUCACAGGGGGCGCCUGUGAUCUCUCUGCCCUCAGUGAGUGUUCACAGAACCAUGGGAGUGGAGUCGGCGGAAGCAGCGGGGUAGAGUGCCCCAAAUGUGACACAGUUCUUGGCUCAUCGCGGUCUUUGGGUGGUCACAUGACAAUGAUGCACUCACGAAACUCAUGUAAGACACUAAAAUGUCCCAAAUGUAACUGGCAUUACAAGUACCAGCAGACGUUGGAGGCCCACAUGAAAGAGAAGCACCCUGAUUCUGGAGGCUCCUGCAUGUACUGCAGCAGUGGUCAGAGUCACCCACGCCUGGCCCGAGGGGAGAGCUAUACCUGUGGGUACAAGCCCUUUCGCUGUGAGGUUUGUAACUACUCUACCACCACAAAGGGCAACCUCAGUAUCCACAUGCAGUCAGACAAGCAUCUGAACAACAUGCAGUCACUACAGAAUGGAGGCUCCAUUGGCUCUGCACAGGAACAGGUGUUCGGGCAUGCCCCAGGAAGUGUGGUGGCUGUGCCGUCUGUGACACAGGCUAGCAGCCAUCACCCUCCUCACCACCACCCCACUCAGUCCUCCAGUCACAUGGGAGGGCAGUGUGGUGCCCCUUCACCUACCAAGUUGAAGAACAAGCCUACGUGGAGGUGCGAGGUGUGCGACUAUGAGACCAAUGUGGCACGGAACCUUCGUAUCCAUAUGACAAGUGAGAAGCACAUGCACAACAUGAUGCUUCUCCAGCAGAACGUCACACAGAUGCAACAUGGCCGCCUUGGUCUUGGAGCUAUGCCAUCGCCGUCUGAGGCUGAACUCUACCAGUACUACCUAAGCCAAAACAUGAGCCUUCCACCGGGACUCAAGAUAGACCCUGCUGGAGCAGAGGCACAGUUUCUGAUGGGAGGCUUUCACCUGGACCCAAAUAUGGCUGCUUUGGCUCCUGCACUUGUAGGAGGAGAUAUUCCUAUGGAUGUCCGAUUGGGUGGAGGGCAGUUGGUGUCCGAGGAGCUGAUGACUUUGGGAGAGAGUCUGUCCCAGACCAGCGAUCCCUCCCUGAAGCUUUUUCAGUGUGCUGUGUGCAACCGCUUCACCACCGAUAAUCUGGAGGUGCUGGGCCUGCACAUGGGAGCUGAGCGCAGCCUGCCAGAGGAGGAGUGGAGGGCUGUGGUGGGAGACUCACACCAGUGCAAGUUGUGCCACUACACCACCCAGCUCAAGGCCAACUUUCAGCUGCACUGUAAGACAGACAAGCAUGUUCAGAAGUACCAGCUGGUGGCACACAUUAAAGAAGGAGGCAAAGGCAAUGAGUGGCGCCUCAAGUGUGUGGCCAUUGGAAAUCCAGUUCACUUGAAGUGCAAUGCCUGUGACUACUACACCAACAGUCUGGAGAAGCUGAGGAUGCACACUGUCAACUCCCGACAUGAAGCUAGCCUCAAACUUUACAAGCACCUCCAGCAGCAUGAGAACGCAGUGGAAGGUGAUGCGUGCUACUACCACUGUGUGCUGUGUAACUACUCAACUAAGGCCAAGCUCAACCUGAUCCAGCAUGUGCGCUCCAUGAAGCACCAGCGCAGUGAGAGCCUGAGGAAACUGCAGCGGCUCCAGAAAGGGCUGCCUGAGGAGGAGGACGACCUAUCUUCAAUCUUCACCAUCCGCAAAUGCCCCUCAUCAGACACAGGAGAACUGAGCGAGGAUGUGGAGGCUGCUAGUGAGACCACCACAGACCAGGAGGACCAAACCAAAGAGAGAGAAAGUGGGGGGGACAAGGAGCUCACCAAAGGGACAGCUGUGUCCGGCCCUUUUGAGCGGCGCCAGUCAGAGUCCCCGGUCCUCUCCAAAAGGCCCUCUUCUCAGCCCGAGACCUCUGAGAGCCCCUUCUCCAUCAAGCGUCCCAGGACAGCCGAGAAGAGCACUUCGGAGCAGAUGUACCAGUGCCCCUACUGUAAAUUCACCAACACAGACUUGAACCGUCUGAGGAUGCACGUGAUGACGCAGCACUCAGUCCAGCCCAUGCUGCGCUGCCCCCUGUGCCAGGACAUGCUCAACAAUAAGGUCCACCUGCAGUUCCACCUCACUCACCUGCACAGCGUGGCCCCCGACUGUGUGGACAAGCUCGUAUCCACAGUGACAGCUUCGGAAGCAUUGCCAGCCAGCAUGUUCAUACCUGUACCAAGUCCUGACAGAGAGUCCCAGAGCACCCCACACGCAACAACCAACUCCAACUGUGAAGAAAUGAAAAAGCAAAUUGAAACCUCAGAUCUGGAUAUUGAGAAGAGUACGUCUCUAUCAGCAGAAAUAACCGAAGCACGAAAGUCACCCCCAGAGGACCAGCAAUCAGAGAAAGAUGAUGCUACUGGAUUCUUGUGCUGGAAGAAAGGCUGCAACCAAGUGUUCAAAUCCUCCAACUCGCUUCAAAUUCACUUUAAUGAAGUCCACAACAAAAGACCCCAACUGCCUGUCUCAGAUCGCCAUGUCUACAAGUAUCGCUGUAACCAGUGCAGCCUUGCAUUCAAAACUGUGGAAAAACUGCAGCUCCAUUCUCAGUACCAUGUUAUUCGAGCAGCCACCAUGUGCUGCCUAUGUCAAAGGAGCUUUAGGACACUACAAGCCUUAAAGAAACAUCUAGAAACCAGUCAUCUUGAACUGAGCGAAGCAGAUAUACAGCAGCUCUAUGGAGGUCUACUUAUGAAUGGAGAUCUUAUGGUUAUGAGUGAACUAGCUCUUGGAGAGGACCCGAGCAUGCUGGGAGAAGAUGACAAAGAUGGAGAGGAAAGUGAUCCAGAGGAAAAACAAAGUCCAACAGGAAGUGACACAGGCUCACUGCAGGAGGAUUCUGGAUCUGAACCUAAACGUGCUUUACCCUUUAGAAAAGGUCCCAACUUUACCAUGGAGAAGUUUUUGGAUCCAUCUCGACCUUUCAAGUGCACUGUUUGCAAAGAGUCUUUUACACAGAAAAACAUCCUUCUAGUUCACUACAACUCAGUCUCCCACCUGCACAAGGUCAAGAGAGCUCUCCAGGAGUCCACCACAGGCCAGCCUGAGCCCACUAGCAGCCCUGACAACAAACCAUUCAAGUGCAGCACCUGUAAUGUGGCAUACAGUCAGAGCUCCACUCUGGAGAUACAUAUGCGCUCAGUCCUGCAUCAGACCAAGGCUAGAGCAGCUAAGCUGGAAGCAGCAGGAGGUAGCACUGCAUCUGCUAGUAACUUAACCAGUGGAGGGUCUAACAACAGCACUUCAACACCAAGUCCAAGCCCCGCAAGCAACUCAACAUCAGCCUCCACCAACCACACAUCCACCACUCAUGCUGCCCACAGUGCACAUGGAGGAAACCAUGUUAGCCAGGCUCAUGUCCUUGAAAGUCUAGGGAACUCUUCUGUGAGCAGUCACUCUUCCCUUUCUGACAACCAUGAAGUGAAAAAGUCUAAAUUAUCUGAUCUGAUGUCUGUCAAAGGCCAGCAGCAGCAGUUACAGCAACAGCAGCAGCAACUGGCUCAGGCUCAAGCCCAAGCUCAAGCCCAGCUCCAACAAGAGCUCCAGCAGCAGGCAGCACUGCUCCAGUCCCAACUCUUUAACCCAGCACUACUACAGCACUUCCCUAUGACAACUGAUGCACUUCUACCACUGCAGCAGCAACAGCUUUUAUUCCCCUUCUAUAUCCCUGGAGCUGAAUUCCAACUGAACCCUGAGAUAAGUCUUGCAAACUCGGCCCUUGGCCUGGCAGGAUCCUCUACUAGCUCUCUGUUGGAGGAUCUGAAGAACUCUGCUCAACAGAGCUGUCUACAACAGCAACUCAUGCACCAUCACCUCCAACAGCAACAGCAGUCUCAGCAGCAGGCUCAGGGGCAAAUGGCGCUACUACAACAGAGUGCAUCUCUCCUCCAGCAAGUUGAGGGCAAGCAGAAAGCAUCCAGCUCUCAGAAUGACAAAGACAGAGACACUCAGAAAGAUAAGGACACCUCAGAGAAGAAAGAAGAGCAUGCGAACAAAGACUCUGUAGACAGCAAGAUGAAAGACAAAAAAGACAUUCAGAACAUAGCACUGAACAUGAACCAUGACACAGGCAUGCUACCACCAAGGAUUGCCUCAGAUGCUCGUGGAAAUGCCACCAAAGCUCUUCUUGAAAACUUUGGUUUUGAGUUAGUAAUCCAGUACAAUGAGAAUAAACAGAAAGUCCAGAAGAAGCCAGUAGGCACUACAGGACCAAGUGGCCCCGGUGGGAUUAUAAGAGUGGUGGACCCUGUGGAGGGCCUGGAGAAACUGGAAUGUGAAGCUUGUGGGAAGCUCUUUUCAAACAUCCUUAUUCUAAAGAGCCAUCAGGAACACAUCCAUCAGUCCUUCUUCCCUUUUCGAUCACUGGAAAGAUUUGCUAAAGAGUACAGAGAACAUUAUGACAAACUGUAUCCACUGAGACCUUCUACACCGGAACCCACAGCUGCACCCGUCCCUCCUCCUCCGCCUCCACCACCACCCCCUCCCCAAAGAGCCCCCACCCCAAACAUUCCUGUCAGUGCAGCCUCACUCACCCCGCCCACUGUGCCUCCAGUCCAGCCACCUGUCCAAAUGGCACAGAUCCCAAUGCCAAUGGACUUGCCCCUGUUCUCUCCCCUAAUGAUGCAACCAAUGUCCCUGCAGUCCUUGCCCACUCAGCUGCAGCCACAGUUACCCUCUGUGGAGCCAAGCCUUGCUUCAGACCUAGCCCAGCUUUAUCAGCAGCAAUUGACUCCAGCUAUGUUACAGGCACAACAAAACAAAAGGCCAAGAACACGUAUCACAGAUGAUCAACUUAGAGUCCUACGACAGUAUUUUGACAUUAACAAUUCACCAAAUGAGGACCAGAUAAAAGAAAUGGCCGACAAGUCUGGCCUGCCACAAAAAGUAAUAAAGCACUGGUUCAGAAAUACCCUCUUCAAAGAGAGACAGCGUAACAAAGAUUCUCCAUAUAACUUUAAUAAUCCACCUACCACAACUCUUGAAGAUACAAAAGUUGACUCAAAACCACCUUCUCCUGAGCCCAUGAAACAAGAAUAUUAUGGGAGUAAGAGAUCUUCCAGAACAAGGUUCACUGACUACCAGCUGAGAGUCCUCCAAGACUUUUUUGAUGCCAAUGCGUAUCCAAAAGAUGAUGAAUUUGAACAACUUUCCAACCUCCUGAGCCUUCCCACACGUGUCAUUGUGGUGUGGUUCCAAAAUGCCCGUCAAAAGGCCAGAAAAAAUUAUGAAAAUCAAGGAGAGGGUGCAAAAGAGGGUGAAAGGCGUGAACUAACAAAUGAUCGCUACAUCCGCACCUCCAACCUAAACUACCAAUGCAAGAAAUGCAGUUUGGUAUUCCAACGAAUUUUUGAUUUGAUAAAACACCAGAAAAAGUUAUGUUACAAAGAUGAGGAUGAGGAUGGACAGUAUGACAGUCAUAAUGAAGAUUCUAUGGAACUUUCACAUGAUUGUUACACCCCUUCUGGGUCAUCCUGCCAUACCCCAAUGCCCUCCUCCUCAAGUCUAUGCCCACUCCCUCCUAAUAAUUCAGCUUUCUCCCAGCUUGCAUCCAGUGAAAAAGAAGCAACAUCACCAGCAACCUCCUCAAAUCUAUUUGAUGAAAAACCUAAACAAUUACCAGAAAUCUCAUCUGACCCUAGAGAAAAUCAAACCACUAUCAAGCAAGAAGUUGUCCACCAGCCCCAACCUGAGGCACAGCACAGAACUCAAAGAGAUGAGAAGAUUCAAAGUCUCUCCAAAUCUUUGAAGCGCUCAUCUCCAUCAUUUUCACAACAACAAGCACAGUGCGGCCCUUCAGGCUCUCAGACUAGCCAGGCCCCCUCCCAGAGUUCUCACAUGGGAGUCAACCCUCACCUCUCCUCUGCUUCACAACAGCUGGCCCAGCACAUUAUCCCAUACCAGUGUGAGCAGUGCAAGAUCGCCUUCCCCUCGUUUGAGCACUGGCAGGAACACCAGCAGUUACACUUUCUCUCUGUACAAAACCAGUUCAUCCACCCUCAGUUCCUUGAUCGCCCAAUCGACAUGCCUUUCAUGUUAUUUGAUCCCAGCAAUCCUCUCUUGGCAAGCCAGCUUCUCUCAGGGGCAAUGCCACAGAUCCCUAGCAGCUCUGCCACCUCGCCCUCCACCCCCACUUCCACCAUGAAUUCUCUCAAGAGGAAGUUAGAGGAGAAAGCAGGUACUAGCCCUGGUGAGAAUGACAGCACAAACAGUGGGGAAGAGCCACAGAGAGACAAAAGGCUUCGAACCACUAUCACACCUGAGCAGCUAGAAAUCCUUUAUCAAAAGUAUUUAUUGGACUCUAAUCCUACCCGGAAGAUGCUUGACCACAUUGCUCAUGAGGUGGGAUUAAAGAAGAGAGUGGUGCAAGUGUGGUUUCAGAAUACAAGAGCAAGAGAAAGAAAAGGGCAGUUUAGAGCAGUAGGGCCCGCCCAAGCUCACCGCAGGUGCCCCUUCUGCAGAGCUCUGUUCAAGGCAAAGACUGCUCUGGAAGCACACAUUCGGUCUCGACACUGGCACGAAGCCAAAAGGGCAGGCUAUAAUCUGGCUCUUUCUGCUAUGUUACCUGACCAAGACGGAAUGCCUAAAAUGGAUGCAUUAGAUCCAUCAUCCUUUUCGCACAUGCUCUCUGCUAGCAGUGAUGUACAAAGUGCAUCCAUGUCACCAGUGAACAAGGGCUUGGAUCUGUCUCCAAGGGCUUUGCUCAGCCCCUCGUCUAUUAAAGUGGAAGGAAUGGAAGAUUAUGAGAAUGCCACUAUGUCCUCUGUCAACCUAAACUUUGAUCAGAGCAAACUUGAUAAUGACGACUGUUCCUCUGUGAACACAGCUAUCACUGACACAACAACUGGUGAUGAGGCUAAUGCAGAUAAUGACAGUGCUGAUGCCAAGCACAGCCAGAGUAGUAGUGAUUACCUGUCUAAGUCUGGGGGCACAGUUCCUCUCCUUGAAAAUGAUGAUCACAUGUCCUCUGGGUUGGUUAGUCCUGCAAGCUAUUAUGCUAAAGACUAUGAGAAUGAAAACAUGAUUGACCACAGUGAGACAUCCAGUCUGGCUGAUCCCUGCUCCCCCAGCCCUGGAGCCUCUGGCAGCAGAAGCCUAGACGGUUCUGACCGUCCGGGCCAAAAGCGCUUCCGAACCCAAAUGACAAACCUCCAGCUUAAAGUGUUGAAGUCUUGCUUUAAUGACUAUAGGACGCCUACUAUGCUGGAGUGUGAGGUGCUUGGCAAUGACAUUGGACUUCCAAAGAGAGUGGUUCAGGUGUGGUUUCAAAAUGCUCGUGCCAAGGAGAAAAAAGCAAAACUCAACAUGGCAAAGCAUUUUGGGAUAAAUCAAACGUCUUAUGAGGGCCCCAAGACAGAGUGCACCUUGUGCGGUGUCAAGUACAGUGCUCGCCUCUCUGUUCGUGACCACAUCUUUUCCCAGCAACAUAUUGCUAAAGUCAAAGACACUAUCGGCAGUCAGAUCGACAAAGAAAAGGAAUAUUUUGACCCAGCUACUGUCCGCCAACUUAUGGCCCAACAAGAGAUGGACCGUAUUAAAAAAGCCAAUGAAGUUUUAGGACUGGCUCAGCAGCAGGCCAUGCAGCAGCAGGGGAUGUUUGAUAAUCCUGCUAUGCAAGCGCUGAAUCUCCAGUCUGCUUAUCCAAAUCUACAAGGCAUUCCACCUGUCCUGUUGCCUGGGGUUGGAAGCCCCUCUCUUUCCAGCUUUAAUUCAUCUAAUUCAGCUUUAACUCCUCCUAAACCUUCGAACCUUCUGAAUAUGCCUGGUGCCAGUGUUCCCUCGCCAAGUCUCCCAACGUCUGGAUUGCCUAACAAGCUCCCCUCGUCUACGUCCUUGACCUCGUCCAGCCCCGCCCAGACCAGCACAUCAGUGUCUCACUCCAGCUCUACUACCACCUCUUCUUCCUCUUCCACUCAGUCCAUGUCCCGGGCCGACCAUCCCAAAGAGCGUGAUGCUGAGAGGCAAAGAGAAAAGGAGAAGCCCAAGGAGAAACCCGAAAAGCCGCAGACUCCUUCAUCCACUGGAAGUACCCCCGCCCCUUCCACCUCCGCAGCCAGCGCCAAAAAGGACAAACCGGACACUGCUGUUCCUGCCACCUCUAUGCCCACCCCUGGUAUGGAGUAUGUGGUAGACCCCGCACAGCUUCAGGCCCUUCAGGCUGCCCUUGCCACUGACCCCACAGCUCUUCUCACUAACCAGUUCCUGCCCUACUUCAUGCCUGGUUUUUCCCCUUACUACACACCACAGAUCCCUGGAGCCCUCCAAGGGGGCUACCUACAACCAAUGUAUGGUAUGGAGAGCUUGUUCCCCUAUAACCCAUCACUGUCCCAAGCCCUGAUGGGCCUGUCCCCAGGGUCCCUGCUGCAGCACUACCAGCAAUAUCAGCAGAGCCUGCAGGAAGCACUCCAGCAGCAGCAGCGGCAGCUUCAGCAGAUCCAGCAACCCAAGACAAGCCAAAUCCCAAACAAUUCUCAGAUCGUGGGCAAAGAUUCAACUAAAGAGCCAGUGAAAAGUGAAGAGCAAAAGAGUGGUGAGCCCCAAAACACUUCCUCGUCUGCUUCUCAUAACAAAGCCCCUUCUGAGCAGAAUGAGGUGGAUGGCAAAGCCGUGGAACCCCAUCUAGAUCAAUUCAUUGUCCCUAAAGCCCAGUAUAAACUUGCGUGCCGAAAAUGUCAAGCAGUGUUCAGUAAAGAAGAAGCUGCUGUUGCCCACAUAAAGUCAAACUGUUUUUUUGGUCAAGCUGUUUCAAACCUGCAGGAGAUGUUGCUGCGUGUCCCUGGUGGCACAGGCUCAGGGGUUGGAAGUCUCUACGACUGCCUGGCUUGUGAAACUACAUUGGACGGGGAGAAAGCUCUCAGUCAACACCUGGAAUCGGCAUUGCACAAACACAGAACAAUCAAGCGAUCGGUCAGAAAUGCCAAAGAGCACGUUACUAGUUUAUUACCUCACUCUUCAGCCUGCUUCCCCAGUCCUAACACCGCAUCUACCUCGCAGUCUGCCACUCACCCAAUCAGCAGCCCCCCUCCCACCACAUCGGCCGCCAUGUCCACCUCUCCUGUGUCCUCUUCGCUGUGCUCUUCUUCCUCAUCUACCAGCCCAGUCAACACCACAGCCACUGGAAAAGCCUGGCCCCAGGCCCCUUUCAACAGAGCUUUAGCUGGAAAGCCCAACGCCAGUCCCUCCUCUUCAUCAUUCCCCCCAGUGUCCUCACCUUCAACGGUUACCUCAAGUUCAUUGAGCACCUCAGGAGUUCAGACCUCGAUACCAACAGACGUCUUUAGUGACGAGUCGGACUCUGACAGCAGUCAGAAGUCACUGGACAGGCUGGGUCGGCCGGCAGAGGAGCCGCAGCAGCCCACCUUUGUCAAAGACAGUAAUAGUUGUAGUAGUACUCUCACUAGUGUAGGAACAGACUCCAUCAGAUUGUAAAAGAGCUUUCAGUGAUGGACAAUAUUUAAAGAAAAAUUAAAAAGACAAAAAAAAUCUCAAAUGGGAAAAACAUAAAAAGCAGCAAUGUUAAAAUACAUUUAAGUAUACAAACAACAAACAAUUUCAGAAAAAGAUGUGUAAAGACUAACUGCAAUUCCAAAGCUUGUAACCAAAAAUGUAAAUGUUAGUGGAUUGUUUUCCCAUAUCAACAUGCUGGUUUUCAUUUUUGUUCUUUUAAUUGUUUUGUUAAAACCAACUAUACAUGCAUCCUAAUACAUGAGAAUAGAAAAGAUUGCUGCAGUUAUGUUUUGGGUGUUGGUUAAAAGGUGUACAUUAUGUAGUGGACUGCCUCAAAGUCAACAAAUUGCCCAAGAACCCCUUUGGAAGAAUCUGAGUGCCGUUGUCCCUUUGUUUUGUUCUAAGUUCUCUGUAAUAGCACAGUCACCAAAAGCCAGUAUGUACUGUAUGGGAGAAUAGUCUAUCAGUUAUCUUGCUAUUUAAGCAUUCAGAUACCAAUGGCUUGCAAAGUGAAUAAUGUAAUGUCUAUUUUAUUCUCAGGUCAAGAGCUCACAGCUGUUUUUUCAGUUACAGUAAUUCAUGUUUUACAUGUUUUGUUUUGAACCGCCAUUAAGCAUAAGUUUUAUUUCAAAAUAUUUUACAAGAAGGCAUUGUUUUACGGGCAUUCAAAUUGGGUAAAUAAUGUGCUGUUUUCCACAAUAAGAAUCUUUUUAAUGGGUGAAAUUGCAAUUGUACCCAAGGACACCAGUGCUGACAUGACAGAUAGGAAGAAUGAAACCUCCUUCUGUAUUUAUGGUAGACUAUGGUGUUACGCAGUGUUGCAUUGGGAAUGAAUUUUAAAAUAAUGCUAGGAUGAAAAAAAAAAUUGUACAUUUAGCUUUUGUAUUGUCCGAAUUAAGGACAUUUGAUUUGAUGUUGUCUUGGUCAUUCCAAUAGACUAGAUUAUCAACAAUUAAUUUAUAUGUGUUAUUUUCUUGGGAAAGUGUCACCCAAUGCCCCUCCUGACAAGACAGGACAUUCUUCUAUUAUUUAAAUUCUUUAGUUGGUUGGGACUGGUCCAGCCUAAAGAUCCUGGGUGAAAUCUAAUAUAUUAUUUAAUUUAAUGUGUUACCUUUGUGCACUUAUCACUAUUUGACUCUCACUUGCUCCUCUCUGGCACUUAGUUCUUCAUCUGCGUUUGUGGAGUACACUACAAAGCAGCUUUUCUUCUUAAUGUAGUGUGGCUACAGUAUUUGUUUUCAUUUGGACAUUUUUGUUGUCAUAAAUGAAAAUGAAAAGAAUACUAAUAAUAAUUCUCACGCUUUAAGACAAAAGAGAAUCCAAAGACUAAACACUUUCACCAUUGGUGCAUAAAGAUAAGAGGCUCCUUUAUACUUGAGGAUUUGUUGCUGUUUUAGAGGAGAGAAAAUAACGUUUAAAGAUAAAGAAGUACGCAUUAGAGUUGCCGUUCGGUGGCUUUUUUACGUAAAUACCAAAAACCAAAAAGGGCCCAUGUCCUUGCAUUGUGGAGUAGCACCGUUACAGAGCCAUUGCAGUUUGUAAGAUAGAGGUUAUUAAUCUUUCUUUGACUUUUUGUCACAUUCAAAUGUCCAUUUUUUUAAAGAAAAUGUAUAAGGUCUGGUCUUCAAGGACAAACAUUUGCUGCUAAUGUAGAAUUUUGAAAGAAAAAAAGAAUACCUAGAUGCAUGCUCAUUUUGCUUUUGGCUAAGCUUUAACUAAAACAAUAAACCAAUUUCUUGCCUCUGCAACACCUUUUUUUCUUGUUGCAAAAACGGAACUUUGAAGACUGUGAAUAUAUGUUCCAAAGGACAUUUUGACUUUUUUUUAACCGACCAAUGUUUAAAGCCAAUGAUCUAUACAGUUUGUAAAGAACAGUGCAUUCCAAAUAUCACUAUGGAUUUUUUUUCUUAAGCAAGGACUGAACCUGUUUCAUUGCUUUUAACUGUCACACUCUUUUACUUUUCUCAUGUUUAAAGUGACUGUAAACUGUUGUGUAAAUUCUUUGCAUCACCUCCAUUUGUCAUUGUGCUGGCAUGGAAACAUGGCUGAUCCCCCUCCAUCCAGUUGAGGUUGUCACUCACUUGAACAGCAAGUAAAUAGUGGUUACCAAAAAUGUAUAUAAUACAUCUGGUACUGAGGCAUCUCUAGGUUUAGUCUCAUUCUGUUACUCUCCAUGUUACUGAUCUCAGAAGGAAAGGCUGCUGUGUGCUUGUCCACUUCCCUCUCUCACCUCCGUAUCACACAGGCCACUGGUUCUUAAAGGGACGUCUUCAUUCCAAAGCAUUAUUUCUGGAAAAGGUUCUUUGAAGAUGUCCCUGGGAACAUUUAAGGCUACUUUUCAUGUCCAAAGAAGUCACAAACUCCAUCUUACUGCAAUGGAAAUAUAGUAGUGGUGUACCUAUUUUUUUCCUCUUCCAGAGCCCUUAACCCCCCUUAACCUAUUAUUGAUAAAUCUAUGAAUAAAAAAAGUUUUUAUUUUUAAAACCGAGACAUAUUUAAAAAUGUGAAGAACUACUUUUUUGGCCAUUCUUGUAUAGCUGAUAUGAUUCUCCUGACGGCACAAUCUCCAAAGUCUUUAUGUAACAAGCAAUGUGAUUGGGUGUUCCAGCAUGCUGUGAAAGUCACUAUAGAUUAGGUCUACAAGCUUUCUUGAAUUUCCAGUCCAAUAAUAUAUUAUUACUGUAAUUAAAUCCCUUGUGUGUGUGGAUUUCCUUUGUUUUAUGUUAUUUUAUAUGAAUUAUUUUAUUUCUGUAUGUUACUUUUAUAUUAUAAAUUAACACUAGCUUUAAUUUGAAUUGCUUUAAACUAAAUCAGACCUGGCCACUUUAUGGUGUGAUUAGUUCUUCAUAGUGAUUGUCAAUAGUUUCCAAUGUGUAAUCUUUUGGGCUCUUAUGUGGCAGUGUCCACUUGACAUGAACUAUGUGUGAGGUUGUAUGCUACCGUGCAUGUUUUUUUAUUUCUUUAUUUUAGUGUAUGUUACACACCAAAACAA